AUGUAAUCAUCUAAGGAAAAGCUUGCCCAUGGGAUAUUAUAGCAUGGAGUUGACACAUUGAAAAAGUUAUAAACUAUUAGAAACAUAAUAAACAGAGCCCAUUAUUGUCUUUAAAAGGCAAAUUAAUAAGGAAACUACUUUAAGAACAUAGCUCAUAAAAUUAGAAUUAUUGUAAACUUGCUCUUCAUUUUUUAUGUAUAACGUGCCAAUAACUACGAAAAUGCUUGCCAUGUAAAUAAUUGA